AUGCUUUUAACAUUGAAGGACUGCGGGGGGUACCAGCCAAUAUGCUGGUUCUUGUCUGGUGGAUGCCCGUGUGGUGCUUCUGCGUUCCUUUCAAGGAAGCCACGAGGGCUGGGAUGGAAGUGCCAGGUUUCGCCGGGGAAAAUCAACCCUAGCUUUGAUUUGUCCGAUUCCGUCAGGCAAAGAAUCAAAGCCCAGAAGCUGGUCAUUGACAAAAGUGUUUCUGACGAUCUGGAUUACGAAGAAUUAUCUCGGCAGCCAAUUCAAAUGGCCUCGAAUAUCACCACCUUCCAAGAAGACCUCGCGCUGGAGAAGCUCAGGAGUCACGUCGGUGCCAUCCAUCCCAUCCCUGUGCUGCCAGCCAACCAGAAUGUUGCAGGUUUGGUGGCUUCUUUCUUCUUCUUUGGGGUCAUCUGCGACAGGCUUUGGACUUGGUGGAAGAGGAAUCAACCGACCACGGACGCCCAGUCUGGUAUCUGGUCUCAAGUGCCCACUAGCUUCUCUCUGUUUCUCGAAAAGAAUUUGCAGAGGAAAGAGUCGGUCGAGUGGGUCAACAUGGUAUUGGGGAAGCUAUGGAAGGUUUACCCGGCGGGUUUGGAGAACUGGAUCAUUGGGCUGCUUCAGCCUGUCAUAGAUGACCUCGAGAAGCCUGAUUACGUGCAGAGAGUUGAGAUAAAACAGUUCUCCAUGGGCGACGAACCCCUAUCUGUUAGGAAUGUUGAACGCAGAACUUCUCGUCGAGCCAAUGAUUUGCAGUAAGUUCUCUGUUUCAUUUUGAUCUUUAGGCAUUCAUGUUCACAGCGGCUUCCUAUUUGGUUGUUCUACGUCAAAGUCCACCCCAAACGCCUACUUCUUGCAAACCCUGAUCUGGCAGGGGCGCUGGUGGGUUUUUUUCUGUAACAGAGAAGCCCCCCCCCCCCCCCCCCAAAUAAAAUAAUAAUAAUAAUAAAAAAAGGAAACCUUUUUUAUAUUUCAACCUAGAAGUAGACAUUUUCUGGCCUUCAGUUUAGGAGAGUUGAAAGGGAAGAUUAGGAACGCCUAUGUAGUUUCCUGCUUUCUGUCUUGAUCAACUUCAUGGUUGGCUGUGCCAAUUGAAACGCUUGAGUGGAAACAAGAUAUUUUCUUCCUUGUUCAUCGCAGGUACCAGAUAGGCCUCCGUUACACAGGGGGAGCUCGCAUGCUGCUGUCUCUGUCUCUGAAGUUUGGUAUCAUUCCCAUUGUUGUGCCCAUUGGCGUCCGCAACUUUGAUAUAGAUGGGGAAUUAUGGGUCAAGUUGCGGCUGAUACCAUCAGAGCCAUGGAUUGGAGCUGUAUCCUGGGCUUUUGUGUCCCUUCCAAAGAUCAAGUUCGAGUUGUCACCAUUUCGUCUGUUCAACCUGAUGGGUGGGUUCCCCUAUUGGACUUGCAGUUUUUUAACUAGCUUUGGAUUUCAAAUUGCAUGCUUAUGUACCCAAAUAGCCUUGCUCAAAGGUUAUAUUGUCAUUUUUUUUAGCUUAAAUUGGUUCGUCCAUUGUCAGGCUAUGGCAUGAUCCAGCUAGGAACGUGGGACCUGUUCUUCUUAUAUAUUGAUCUAACAUGAUUGAAAUCAGGCCAAAUAAUUUAUUUUUCUUUCCGCACAUUUAUCGAUUAUUUCCAAGUCUUGACUAUGAUGCUGAUGUGAGUUUACUCCCUUUUUUUGGGCAUGGAAUGGAUCAUUCAUCAUCAGCAAUCCCUGUCCUGUCAAUGUAAGUCAAAAUCUAUUCCGUGGUUAUUUUUAGUAUCUUUCAUAGAAAGGCAUUAUUUUGGGAAGGACAAGGCUGCCUUCAUGUUUCUAUUAAUAUUCUACCAUAGAUGCACCAAUUUCAUCUUAACCGCUCAAGAAGAAAAGAGAAAUUCUUCAAAUUUCAAACAGCGCUGUGUCUCGAAACAAUUACCUUAAACUUAUUUCGCGUCUGCUCCAGGUUCCUGACCAAGCUGUUGACUGAGGACUUGCCUCAGUUAUUUGUUCGGCCAAAGAAGAUCGUUCUUGAUUUCCAGAAGGGAGAAGCCCAUGGCCCCGUCACAGUUGAUAGCAGAAGUCACCCGAUUCACGAAGGCAACAAAGACUUUAUGGGGGAGCUAUCAGUCACUCUUGUGGAUGCUCGGAGUGUUCCUUAUGUUUCCUUCGGUAUCUUCCUUGCUUCCUUCCUUCCUAUUAAUGCUUUCUUUGUAAAGGGUUUUCUCCUAUUGCCAUCCUAAAAAUAGCAUCUUGAAGGAUAAUUAAUGCACCAUUUCCAUCAUAAAAAAGGUUCUUGUGGCUAUUUUUAUGCAUAUGCUCGUUCAUUUUCAGCAAAGACCGAUCCGUACGUUGUCCUGAGGCUGGGAGAUCAAGUGAUCCGUAGCAAAAGAAAUAGCCAGACCACCGUGAUUGGGCCGCCUGGGAAGCCGAUAUGGAAUCAAGUGGGGUUCUGUGUUCUUGACCUACUCUUCCUCCCUCCCUCUUGCCCACUUCUUUCUGAAUGCUGAUCUUCCUGGGUAUCUUCCUUCCUUUGGAGCAGGAUUUCCAUAUGCUGGUUACUGACCCUAGAAAGGAGAAGCUCCACAUCCAAGUGAGAGACUCCUUCGGCUUCACAUACUUCACUGUCGGCACAGGAGAGGUAAACCAGUGGAUGUGAACUGGGUCAUUACUUCUCUUGUUUGACUUUCUGUCACAAAAAUCCCCAUUCUUGGUCACGAACAUGUCUGUGUUUCAAGUGCAUUGCUUUCCUUUUCGGUCAAAAAAAUUGUCCUUUUUUUUUUUUUACAGGUUGAAUUGGGUUCUCUUCAAGACACCGUGCCGGCAGAUAGAGUGGUUGUUCUCCAACGAGGGUGGGGCUCUUUCGGAAAGGGCUCCUCUGGACAGAUACUACUGCGCCUCACUUAUAAAGCCUAUGUGGAGGAUGAGGAGGACGACCCACAUCGGAUGGAGUUCAUGGACGUCGAUCCUUCAGAUGAUGAGACGAGCUCCGAUGAACCAGAUGCUUCACCUGAGCAGGGUGAAAGAGGAUCUGGGUCUGGGAAAGGGCAAGAACCCUUCAUGGACUUGCUGGCAGCAUUGAUUGUGAGCAAAGAGUUCCAAGCCAUUGUGGCGUCUGAAGCUGGGAACUCCAAGUUUCCCGUGGAUUCUGUGAACUUGGGGCGAUCCCUGUCAAGAUCCUUUGGUAGUAACUCUGAAUUCUCUAUUGCCGACACUAAUAAUACUAUUCCAGGAGGUUUUGCUGGUAAUCAUUCUCCAUUGUUCUACCGUACUUAACCUGCCAAGAUUACCCAAAUUAGCCUUUUCUAAUGCAGGUGAAUCUCUUGUUUUCCUACAGAGAAGGUAUUGAUAUGGUCUGCUUUGAUCACCGGCAUAGCUACAUUGAUUUCUAUCAAGCUGACCGGGUCAAGCUUCUUCACUUCUUGA